AUGGCUGAGUAUGAGGCCAAGUUUUUACGACUGAGCCACUAUGCGCAUGGUACGGUGUUGACUGAGUAUAAGCUAUGUGUUCGCUUCGAGGAUGGCCUCAAGGAUAAUCUGAGGGUUCUGAUAGCUCCACAGAGGGAGCGGGAUUUUGCUGUACUGGUUGAUAAGGUGAAGAUCACCAAGGAAGUGAAGCGCACUGAGUGGCAGAACCGUGACAGAGAGAGACGCCAUCAGGGCGAGUGCAGUGGUAUUGCACCACCACCGAGAGCAGUUCAGCAGCCACCGAGAGGCCAUUGUCAGGCCAAAGGUGGUAAUGGUUUGGGUCGUGGUCAGAGAGCAUCGGGCAGAGGUGCUGGACAUACUGAGGUGAGGCAGUCGGCUCUAGUUUAUACUAUACGUCGUCGAGAGGAUGGUGAUGCUCUAGACGUCAUUACAUGUACAUUCUUUGUUUAUAAUGUACCUUAUACUGCACUGAUAGAUAUAGGAUCCACUCACUUCUAUAUAGCUUGUACAGUAUCUGAAAACUUGGGUAUACUAGUUGAGAGUAGUACGAGUGAGGUCACUGUACUUAGUCUGCUGGGACAAUUAGUAAAGUUGGUCAAAGACCGAGUGAGUUUAGACUGUGCAACAAAAAGUGCUGUACUGAGAACUGAGGAGGAUAGCAAGGUAGUCGUAAUCGGGGAACGUCGGAACUACUUAUUGAAUGUGAUUUCUGCAUUGAGGGCGAAAAAGUUGGUUCGUAAGGGAUUUGAAGCGUAUCUGACCUACAUCAGUGUUUCAGAUUCUGAGGUUUCUUCAGUUAAGGAUAUCAGGACGGUUAAGGACUUUCCAGACAUUUUUCUUGAAGAGCUACCUCGGUUACCUCAGAGUCGUGAAGUAGAGUUCGGGAUUGAGCUCCGUCUUGGUACAGCUCUAGUGUCAAUCGCUCCCUAUAGAAUGGCACCGAAAGAGCUGGUGGAGCUUAAGGCUCAGAUUCAAGAGUUACUUGAUCGUGGGUUCAUCCACCCUAGUGUUUCUCCAUGGGGAGCACCGUUGAGGGUUAAGGAGACUGAUGUGCAUAAGAUAGCAUUUAGGACUCGGUACGAUCAUUACGAGUUCCUAGUGAUGCCAUUUGGACUGACGAAUACACCAGCAGCUUUUACAGAUCUGAUGAACCGAGUGUUCUAG